UAAUAACAGAGCCAACGAGAAAGAGAAAAGGAAAAUCUGUGAAAAAAAAACUCACCAAUCACCUUCGCCUGCGUUUCCGCCCCGGCGCGCCGCCGCCAUCGCCAUGGCCGCCGCUGUCCCCUCCACCUCCGCCUCCCUCUUGCCUGUUUCGGCUGCGCGACCUCUCGCCGGAAGCACCGUUUCUUUCGGUGCUUCGUACCAGAAGAGGAGAAAGAUUCCGGAGUGGAGAGUCUGCUGUGCUGCUGACGACGAAGAGGAAGUCAAGGAUUUGGGAGUCAAUGUGGCACUAUCCAUGCUAAAGUUUUACAAACGGGAAAUAUCGCCUUUACUGCCUUCAAGCUGCCGCUAUGUGCCAACUUGCAGUGAGUACUCUAUGCAGGCGUACAAAAGAUAUGGUGUUGUGAAGGGUACCAUCUUGACUGCUUGGCGUCUGUGCCGCUGUAAUCCGCUUGGCGGUUAUGGGUAUGAUCCUCCAAGGUGGUUUGGUGAGGAAGAUCUACCUCUGCAAUGAUGCCUGGUAUUUGCAACAUACGCGGUUCAAUUUUUCAGUUGCAGACCUUCAGUAGAUUUUCUGUACAUAACUGAAAUUAAACCCAUGCCACAGUUGAAAGUAUAAGGAUCUGGAUUAUCUAUGUAAUUCUGUCAAGUAGCAUUUUUUUUUAGAGAAAGGGUUCACCCUGCUUUUAUAGAAA